CUGUCUUCUGAUAUGGCACUAAAGUACGAUAUUAGGUAUUUCAUAACUGGUCCUGGUGUUGACAAACCACCACUGAAUUACUUUUACAUUGAGCAAGAAACUGGAAAUCUCUUUGUUACUUGCCCAAUAGAUCGGGAAGAAUACCCAGAAUUUCAGCUUAUUUGCUAUGCAAUGACGUCGGAUGGAUAUACCCCAGAGAUCCCACUUGUACAUAUCAUCAAAAUAGAAGAUGAUAAUGAUAAUGCUCCAGAGUUUGAGUAUAAUAUUUAUACUUUUCAUGUACUUGAAAACAGUAGAAUUGGGACAUUAGUUGGACAAGUGACUGUGACAGACAAAGACGAGCCCAAUACACCACACAGCAAAGUGAAAUACAGAAUUAUAUCCCAGAAUCAUCAGAAACUUCAGGAAUUUGUUAUAGACCCAGAUUCAGGCUGUAUUACCACAGCAUUACACCUGGACAGAGAGACUGAAUCAACAUAUACACUACAGAUAGAAGCAAGAGACAUGGGAGGUGAAGUCUUUGGUUUGUGGACUACAGCAGAAGUACAUAUUGAGAUUGGAGAUGUAAAUGAUAACCUCCCUCAAAUAGCACAAACUAUGUAUGUAGUGGAGAUAUAUGAAAACAUAGAACAUGCAGAAGUAUUAUGCAUUCCUGUUGAAGAUAAAGAUGAACCCAGAACAUCUUCAUGGAUGGGUACAUUCACUAUUACUAAAGGAAACGAAGACAAUAGUUUUUCUGUUAUAGUGGAUCAACAGCAGAAUAUUGGGUGUUUAAGUGUUUUAAAGGGAUUGGACUAUGAGAAAAGCCAUGAGAGAAGAUUAGAAAUUAUUAUAAACAAUGAAGUACCUUAUGUUCCACCUCCAAACUCAAGAACUCUUUUAACAAGUGUGGCCAGUAUUGUGGUCAGAAUUAAGGACCAGGAUGAAGGACCUGUAUUUGAAUCGUGUGAAUAUAUUAUAUACAUAAAGGAACACGUGUUGGUUGGCACAGUGAUUGGUAAUUACCAAGCAAAGGAUCCAGAAACUGGAAAUAAUGAACAUUUAAGUUACAGAAUAAUAAAUGACCCAUGCAGUUGGAUCACCAUUGAUCAAAUAGGAAAUAUCAGAACUACUGACAUUUUAGAAAGAGAUUCACAAAAUAUAGAAUACAGUCAGUGCAAUGUAACAGUAUCUGCAACUGAUCAAAGUAGUAAAACAGGAACUGGGACAAUUGUGAUAAAACUGAUGAUUGAGAACAAUUAUCCAGUGACUACUAGUAAACACUAUGUCAUGUGUAACGACAAAAAACCAAUCUGUAUAAAAGCCACAGACAUUGAUCUACCUUCCUCCACUAUACCUUUUCGUUUUGAAAUAGAGAAUCCAAUGAACUCAAAAUGGAAGUUAACACCAAAUGAUGAUGCAUCAGUACUGCUUUCUUCAGUUGAAGAUAUAGACUAUGGCUACUAUUAUAUUCCUCUCAGAAUAUACAAUGGGGGUAACAACAGAAAAAGUGAAAUAAUAGUUCACUAUUGCAACUGUGCAAUUCCAAGUGACUGCUCUGAAUCCAAGACAAACACCUCAUUGGGUUAUUCUGCUUUAGACACUCAGGUAGAGCGUAGUCCAGUUGUAGCAUCUGCUUUAGGUGCCUGGAGUAUUCCUGCAAUGGUCAUGGGAUCAUUAGUAAUGCUGUUAGGCUUUGGUGCACCCUAUGGUCUUUGGCUCCAUAGAAAAUUUCGUAAGCCUCAGGAAGCAUCUGAUGAUUUAACUUUUCAGAAUUUAACAAAAUCAAACACCGAGGCACCAGGUGAAGAACCUACAAAUCUAAAUAUAUUUCCCAUGACAACAGUGAAUGAAGCUGUAGGGAUGCACACAGAUGAAGGAAAAACUGAAAAGCAAGAAGAUUUGGAAGCAGGAAAAGGAGGAGGGCAUUCCACAUCAGAAUUAGUCAAGGGACAAAAAAUGAACCAUGUGGCACAAUCUUUACAAGACUGUGAGCCUUCUUUAAGGAAUUCGUACAGAGAUUUCUGUUCAGAAUGGCAGAAUUUCACUAACCCUCGCUUAACUGAAAUGGUAUUUCUUUGUGGAGAAGAUGAAGAACAUAACCUGGUUAAAGAGUAUUUACACCCAUAUAGUUAUGAGGGACAAGACUCACCAACUGGUUCUUUAAGUUCCUGUACAGGGGAGUCAGGAGAAGAAGAACUGAGUUUUCUGAAUCAGCCAGAGCCUCCAUUCCGAACAUUAGCUGAAGCCUUUGCCAAUUCACUGGGAAAUUUUCCUGUGCAAAUUCCACUGAAGUGA